AUGAAGUACAUGAACGUGUUCCGGAUUGUUGCGCUUAUUAGCGCUCUAUGCAUAAACAGAACCUUGGCGUUCACAUCCGGCGACGAUAAGUUCAUAAAAAAAUACGCCAUGAUGAAGGUGUACGAGAACUGUUUCGGGCCGGAAGUAGUGAAAGAAGUGCGGAAGGAAAUGAAAAUCGCCACGGCCAAGUGCAACGGAAACAUGCCCAUGAGUGUACCUACGCCCAACAUGGGCUCUUUGAAACUGGCCGCGGCCCCGUCAAGCAUACACGAGUUUACCACCAGCUCACACCACCAGCAGAACCAGCACCAGCAGAACCAGCACCAAGCCAAGCCACAAGAGGAGACUUCGUUCAGCAAAACGCAGCCUAGUGGCAUUGACAUAACGAAACUUCAGCAAGCCAUUCUGGCCGGAUACAACAAGCACCUGCAGCAACAGUCUUCUCAUCAGUCGUACUCGCAGUCGGCAUCGGCUUCGCAUCUCCAACCGCAACCGCAACUCCAACAGCAACCGCAACCGCAGCAGUACAUCAAACCGUGGACGUCCGCUGGAUCGUCUUCGGCGUUUUUGGACCAACAGCCGUCGUACAUGACCAACGCUCUGUUCUAUCCGCCAAACGCGGUGCCAAACGCGGGCAACGACAUGUACCUGCCGAGAAUAUCCACCGUCCCGCAGCAGCCCUACCCCGGACCGUACCCCAUGAUGAACGCCGGUCAAAUGUACCAGCCGUACUAUCAACCGUUCUACCCCACGCACCGGACCUCGAGAGUUGGAGGUUUUGACGUCCGCAACCAGAUGGACACGAUGGCUGCCAAAAUGACCGGAAAGAUCCGAAACGUCACGUGCGUCAUGCAGGAACUUGGUUACCUCAACCAAAACAUGGAACCAGACUACGAAAACAUGAACGACAGAGUGAUGAGGCUACCGAUCGCCGAAGAACUUAAACAAGACAUGGUCGACGGCAUUACGUAUUGCAAGAAGUUUUCGAUGUGCGUACCGGACGAGAGGAAAGAUAAGUUCGCCAAAGAGUUAGUGCGGCCGAUGUUCUUUUUCAAAUGCUAUAAACAUAAAAAGUUGGAGUCGUGUAUAAUGAAGGAUAUCAGAGACCGUUACACUGCAGAAGAAUUCGGCGAAGAUAACAUGACGGCCGAACGAUCGAUGAGAAGCUCACAGUACUUGGAAGACGAUACUAUUGAACAGACGGUGUUCGAUUACAUUUACGGUGACAAGUCCAUAGACUUAGACGUUUUGCUGUGA